AUGGCGCUCACCCCAGACCCAACCUCGCAAUCAAGAUUCCGCGCACCAUCACACGACACUGCGCUGUGCAUAAUCCCUCCUCAAAGCCUCUGGCCCGCCAUCAACCGGCUGCGCAGUCUCAACGACAAGGCGUAUGCGAAAUGGCCUCCCCAUAUCAACCUCGUCUAUCCCUUUGUGCAUCCGGAGCUUGUCGCCGACGCCGCCGACACUCUCCUCCAGCUCGACCUGUCCAGCCACCUGCCGUCCAAGGUUUCCAUCACACACGCGGAUGCCUUCGUCCACGACAAGUACAACACUCUGUACCUGAAGCCCGACGCCGCCGCCGCCGCCGACCUGAGGAAGCUCGUUAAUCAUGUGCGCUCUGCGCUUGGUUGGAAAGCACAGGGCGGCUAUACUCCUCAUUUAACUGUUGGUCAGACCGAGGAUGCAGAUUCAGAUACACACAAGUUUCUCCUUCACAAAGCCCGUCUGCUGACGCCGAUCUCGUGGGAGGGGGCCCAUCUCGCCAUUAUGGUGCGGGAUACUACCCCCGGUCCUGCGGAUGGCCUUCGAAGAAUGAAGCUCUGGAGGCUACUCGACGUCGAGUCAAAACGCCUGGUCGAGCGUACUCUUCCUCAAGAUGAGGUCUUGGUGGUCGAUAAGAGUGAUCACUCGCAAACUGUCAAGGCAUACCCUCAGCCUACCUACCGCUUCAAUCCAGAAUCAGAAGACUGGGAGGCUUUGGACACCUCAUAUUUAGCGCCGAGUUCGGAUGUUACGACAGACCUCAUCGUUGCUUCCUACAAUGUUCUCUCCGAGUUUUCAUGGCCGCCGGAUCGGUCGAGAAACUCGGCUCUUAUUCAAAACAUCCUGUCCCGGCGUGCCGAGGCCGACAUCCUCGUCCUUGAGGAAGUCUCGGACCACUUCCUCCCGGACCUCCUCAAGGAUCACCACGUUUGCGCCAAGUAUCCCUACAGCACCCACGGCCCGCCCGACCAACCUGAGAUCGGCCCUCUUCCUAGCCUUCUCAACAUUGCUAUCCUGAGCAGGUUUCCCUUUUCGUGGGAGUAUCUCCCUCUUCAGCGCCGGCACAAGGGCGCUGCCGUCGCGACCUUUCCCGGCGUCUCGUUUCACGAUCCUCUAACCGACUCCCGCACUAAACCGCUAGUGGUUGCUGGCUGCCACUUGAGCCAGGGCCUGACAGACGGCGCCCUCUCGUCCAAGAAGGUCGAGGUCCUGCGCCUCCAGCGACAUCUCUCCGAGCGGUACGGCACGCACCCGUGCGUGAUCGCCGGCGACUUCAACGUGACGACCUCCUCGUACGCCAUCGACAUGGCGCAGUCCCUCUCCACCAACGGCAGACAGUGCCUGAGCGACAUCCAAGACUUGCUGGCCAAUGCCGAGUUCCACGACGUCUGGCUGGCAACCAAGAUCUCGGCCGGCGAGUCGUCCGAGCUGGCCCUGGCCAACGAGGCCGUCAUGCACGUCUACGAGGGCGAGCAGGGCGCCACCUUCAACCCGCUCGAGAACAAGCUCGCCGCGAAGCUCGUAGGCGGCGGCGCCGACAAGCGACCUCAGCGCUACGACCGCAUUCUCUUCACCGCGCAGCUGCCCCUGCGCCCUGUCGCCUUCAACAUGUUCGGCAAGGACCUGCUGACGCAGCUGGCCGACGACAGCCGGGUCCAUGCCAGCGACCACUGGGGCAUCCGCUGUCUCUUUAGCCAGGGCGCUCACCCUGGCGUCUCUCCCAGCGGUAUAUUUGGCCGCGUGAAGCCCAUCGAGCUGACCGAGGCCGCGCCGUCCCUGGGCCGGCUCGAGGAUGUGAAGCAGACGUUGCUGUCUCAUGGCUGCCUGCCCACCGAAGACGACGAAUCUCGGAGAAGACAAGCAAUAUCCCUUUUGGAAGGUGUCUUGUCGGGCAACGAUCAAGACAAGCCGGACCAAGAGGGACGCACACCUGUUGGCCUCGUCCUUGUCCCGGUAGGAUCAUUUGGGCUUGGUGUUUGGAUGAGCUCCUCUGACGUCGACUGCCUCUGCAUCGGAACCAUCAGCUCCAGAGUAUUCUUCCGCGUAGCUCUGCAGCGUCUGAAGAAGGCUGCUGAUCCAAGGAUCUGUGUGUUGCGAAAGGUAUUGGCCAGCACUGGCACGAGCCUGGAGCUUCAGAUCCUAGACAUUACCUUUGAUCUCCAUUACUGUGCUGCUACUUCCAUCGUGGAAAGAUUCCCAGGCGUUAUGAAUUUGCCCCCUACCCAUCCGCAAUUCGCGCUUCCAGUGCAAACCUUGGCCAAGCUGAAGCCGGCCCGGGACAUGUACUAUCUAUUGCGCUCCAUCCCCGACCUCGCCAAGUUCCGGGUUGCGUUCCUUCUGAUCAAGGCUUGGGCUAAGUCGCGAGGCAUCUACGGCGCGCGUUUCGGUCUCCUGGGCGGCAUCCACAUCACCGUCCUUCUCACUCCCAUCUGCAAGCAGCUAGCCACACUGUCCAAGACGGUAUCCACGACGGACAUCAUCACGACAUUCUUCCGUCACUACGCCGACUUCGACUGGGAGAUGCAGGUCGUGCUGGAUCCGUUCUUUCACAAAGAGCUGCGCUAUCACCGCACCUCCCGAGAGCCCUUCUGUCUCUUGGGAUGGCAUGCGCCGGCCCUCAACACCGCCAUGGCCGCGUCGGUGCCGACUGUCAAGACGAUAGCGUCUGAGCUUUGCAAGGCAAACUCUCUUCUAUCUCAAGCGGGGGCGAGCUGGGAUGACUUCCUCGGCCCAACCGGCGCUACAGCCUCUGGAGUUCAGGACUUUCUCCAGGGCUUCAAGAGCUACGUCCAAAUUGAUGCUCGAUAUUGGGGAGCCUCACCCUCCGGCGGCCGCAAGUUCCUGGGUUGGCUGGAGUCACGUUGCGUUGCCGUUCUAGUUGAUAUGAACAGAAAAGCGCCGGCCCUCCUACCACGUAUGUGGCCUGGGCGAUUCGUCGACGCUCCUAUGGAGGAUUCGGCGACGGGCUCAGAGUACCAGGGAUCUUAUCUGAUCGGCCUAGCCUGGGACAGUGUUGAGAGCGAUCGCGCCAAGGACGAUGCUAAGGCUACCAAGGUUGCCCUCGACAGCCUCCUGCGUGACUUCGAGACCAAGAUACGUAGCGACACACGAUACUACGACGCCUCUUCGUGCUGGAUGGCCGCCAGUGUCGUCAACGCCGGCGACGUUGCCUCGGCCGUUCUCGACCCCGGUUACCUAGACGGCCUUGAUGCCAACUUCGACGACUUCGAAGACGAGGACGAUAGCGACGAGGAGGAGGACGACGGCGACGGCGAAGAUGAAGAAGGCCAGCCCGGUUACGAAGAGCCAACCACCAGCUCCUCCUCGCGCGCCGCCGCCAAGCGCUCCGCCGGCGGACCUGUCAAGCUCAACGUGCCGACCGACGCCAAGCCCGAGGGCAUGGGCCGGUUCCGGCCGGCAUCGGACGUGCUCCACCGGCUGCGCUGGGACCGCGCGCUGGACGCGGCCGACUUCAUCGUCGGCUUCGAGGACCGGUUCGCGGGCGCGCAGGAGAAGCCGCUCGCGCAGUGGAAGACGGAGCAGACGGACGAGGAGUUCAUCCCGCAGCACCGCAUCCUCUACUUUAAGCGCCGCAGCGACGGGCGCGUCGUCUGGGAGCGCAGGACGCGCGUGGACAGGGUCUUUGGCAGCGGCGUGGUGCCGGCCGAUGACGUGCUGUGA